GGAUCUAUGCUUGGUGGUAGUAUAUAUGUACUUACUGGUGCUGUGAUGAAUAGACGUACUGGGCCUGCAGUAUUUUUGGCGUAUAUAUUGGCUGGCUUUGUAGCAUUACUUAAUUCAUUAAACUACUCAGAAUUAGCAUGUCGAAUACCCAAGGCUGGUUCUUCUUACACAUAUACAUAUUUUAUUAUGGGUGAAUUUCCUGCUUUUAUAACUGGAUGGGCAAUUUUACUUGAGUAUAUACUAGGUAUAUCACUUGUCGCAAGAUGUUGGAGUAGUAUGCUUGACAGUUUGGCCGAUAAUCACAUAAGUAAAUGGACAAUACACAAUGUUGGUAGAUUAUCUCAUCCAGGUGGAAUAUUAGCUGAAUAUUAUGACUUUGUUGGUGUAUUCUUAAUUAUCAUAUUAUCAGCUAUAUCAUGUUGUGGAAUUCGUAACAGUGCAAAAGUAACAGCAGUUUCAAUUUUUAUCAAUGUUGGCGUAUUAAUUGUAACAUCAAUCUAUAUGUUUGUCUAUAGUAAAACAGAAUAUCUAUCUAUCACUUCACCUAAUAUUACAGUUGAUAAAUUAUCACCAAAUCCAAAUUUUUUACCAUUUGGUUUACCUGGUUUAAUAGGUGGUACAGCUAUUUGUUUCAAUGUAUUCAUUGGAUUCGAUGCAAUAUCAACAUGUGCAGAAGAAGCUAAAAAUCCUAGUUAUAGUUUACCUAGAGCAAAUAUUAUAGCUGUGGUUAUAGUAGCAAUUUUAACUACACUUUCUUCAUUAGCAUUAACUAUGUAUUAUCCAUGGUUUCUUAUUAGUACAGAAAGUUCAUUUUUAAGUGCAUUAAAAGGUAAUAAAUUGAAUGGUGGACCAGAAAAUGUACGAACUGGAAUGUUUUAUUUUGUUGGUAUUGGAUCAUUAAUUGGAUUAAUUGCUUGUUUAAUUACAUCAUUAGUUGCUGCACCAAGAAUUAGUUAUGCUAUGGCUCAAGAUGGUCUUAUUCCAACUAUUUGUUCACAACUUUGUCAACCUUUCAAG